AUGGAUCGCAUUGAAUGUUCAGCAGUAUACAUUGAUCAUCGCGUUAGUUCGGAACGAUGGGUGUCAAUCGACGGAUCGGCAGAUACUGCUAACGUCAACACCUUUCUAACUUCCGACGAGCCCGAAACCCUUCGCUCCGACGUAAAGCUUUUGUUGGGAGUUUCCGAUCGAAUCUACCUUUGCCAGUCCGGAGCUUCUCUCGCCUCGAAAUUGGCCGAAUGCAAUGACAGGGGCAUGAAGGCGUGUUCGCCCAUCUUCGCGUUCUUCGAUAUCGACAUGAACGGCGACGAGUCCGGCCUAGCUCGGCGCAAGAGCAGCCGUGGUUCGUGGCCAGAAAUAGCCCCUCCCUCGCCGACGUCGUUACAUCGCCAAUUUACGUUUUCCUCGCAAUCCGAAGGAACGUACGAUCUGAAGCUGCUCUCCGGGUUGUCCGCCGAUAUUCAAGUCCAAGAAUCUCCGAAUCUCAUUGUGCCCGUCGCGAUCCUGCGCUCGCCACAAGGUGUCCCAACCAGCGCCCCUUCCGAUGAACCGCGCGGCGAUGUUUCGAUUCCGGGGCCGCACCAGAUUUCGAGAUGUUUAGAUGCUGGCGCGGUGGACGUUCUGGCGGCUCCUCUAGACAAGGCCAGAGUGCAGGGUCUUAUCGUACACGCUUUCAGAACUCGAAAAUCCGCGCUGAAGGAGCAGUCGCGCUUUUUGUCAAGGAAAAAGUUGCGCAAACACUCGUGGGUGGGCGUUCAUGAUGAGCAGCCCUAUGCUUAUCUGAGAGAAGCCAUGGUAUCGAAACUGAUGAAGGGCAUCUGCAAUCCCGAAGAGUUUAUAGAGGAAUUUCAGGACCGGGAAUUGGACAUACAACCCGAACGCUUGGAACUCAUUAGAGAGAAAAUCGGGUCAUGGUCAUACAACGGCCACGAUUUUUCCGACGAUGAGCUAGUGCAAGCUGCGUUUGAGAUGCUCCAGCACGCCUUCACCCUACCCAACCUGGAACAUUGGCAUCUGACGCCAGAUGAGCUCUUGGAGUUCUUGCUCGCCUGCCGCACCUCCUACAACUCUUUCGUCCUCUAUCACAACUUCCGACAUGCCAUUGAUGUUCUGCAGUCCGUGUUCUGUUUUCUGCUGCACAUUGGCGCCCUGCCACCCUUUGGAUCUGAUUCUCAGGAGCUCGAUUCCAUCUCGCCGCUCGCAACCCUUCUGACGCCGUUCGACACUCUGACGUUGCUGAUAUCUGCUAUUGGGCAUGAUGUCGGCCACCCCGGUGUGAACAACUUCUUCCUGGUCAAACUCAAUGCGCCUUUGGCCCAACUGUACAACGACAACUCGGUCUUGGAAGCCUUCCACUGCGCCGCGUUUUCGCAAAUUCUCCGUCGCUACUGGCCCACAGCCUUCAAAGAUAAACAGCUCCGCAAGCUUCUGAUCAGUUCGAUUCUCGCUACCGACAUGGGCGUCCACCAGAAGUUUAUGGAGCGGCUCGGAUCGUUGCAGGAGAAGUUCUACGAGAAUGGCAAAUGCCUCGACGGGUGGAAGCCGCAGGAUCUUGAUAUGUACAAGACGCUCCUAUGCGGUCUGUUGAUUAAAUGCGCCGACAUCAGCAAUGUGGCACGCCCGUGGGACGUGGCGGAAAAGUGGACCAAGAUCCUGCAGGAAGAAUUCGCCAAUCAGGGAGAGAUGGAGAAGGAAGUCGGGAUGGAAACGGCCCUGUUCGGCGGCCCUCCGGAACUGGGGAACACCUUCAAGCUUGCGACAGGCCAAAUCGGGUUCAUGUCGAUAUUCGCCCUCCCCCUUUUCGAAGGCGUGGCGGACAUUUUGCCCGGCAUGGAGUUCACCGUUGAGCACAUCCGUAACAACCAGUCUAAAUGGCAUCUGCUCGCCGACCUGGAGCGCAAGAAACAGGCGUUGCGCGGUGAAAUCAACCCCGAGGACGUUUUGUCUCCCCGCACGCAGAGCCCCGCGACAAGUAUCAAAGAUCUGCAAGGCCUCCGUGCGCCGUUGGCCACUCCCGGUCCUGAUACGCCGAUCAAGCCAGUAUUCCCGCCCACUGCAACGAACAGCCGAAAUCAGGACAAUGAUUACUUUGGAUCAAUUCGUUCGGCGUCGGAGUCCACGCAGUCGGAAGACAGCCUGAAUGAAAACGCGAUCAGCCCGGUGAUGUCGCCCGAUACGCCCGGUCCAUCGAUGGAUAUCACCGGAAUUCCCUUCACGACCGAAACCCCGACGCGGAAGUCUUCCAGUGCCGUGCCUGAUCUUGCCAGAAUGUCCAUCGCAGAGGCAUCUCCGGACGCCGAAAGUGCGACGACGCCAGUGCCAUCCAAUGCUCAUGCGGACCACCACAACACCGCUGAUGCGAACGGCUCUUCUUCCCAAGACCCAGCUGUUUUGGCCGCCGUCAUCUACACGCAGGAAAGCCAAGAUCGCGACGGCUCGGUCGAGGAGGGCACCGGAGAAAGACCGAACAGCUCGCGCAACAUGCCAUACCGCCGCCAUCACGCCAACACCGGCUCGUCCGGUCGCACGUCGGGCCCGUCGAGCUCUCAACGGAACAGCUGUACACGGACGCACAGUCUCAGCAAUUACAGCAACAACAUGACGCCCAUCUCUCCCGCGACGAACGCCACCAGCUUCCUUACCGUGGACAGCGGUGAUGAAAAGGGUCUUUCGCAAGAGGGCAGCCCAGACCAGGACGACUUUGGACGGGACAGCAGCGCACGCCCUAGCUCGUCGAGUUUCGUCGAGAACAGUGGAGAAAAGCAUCCUCGAUUUGCCAACAGUCCUACCUCCCAUCCGACGGACGACUCCAACAAGGGCCAUCACCUUCACUUGAACUCGCCGCGCCGAGAAAACGGAGUCGGCAGUUCUCACUCCACGUCGACCAAUGCGAGUAUGAAAUAUGGCCAUGAUCCGCACCAGUGGAAUGAGGCCGGCGGUGAACAGCAGCAACAACCGCAGCAGCAACCUCGGAAACGUCGAAGCCGUCUCCGCUUGGCCUUUUGGAGGCGUAAAAACCAUCAUUCGCACCAGCACGAACUGAGUGGCGAAUCAUGA